UUGCUCAAACAUGUGAUUGUGGCUUCACAUAUGUUUUUGCUUUAUUUUUACAAAUAGUUCAACUGACUUAAAACACAAGUUUAUAAUUUUAAAACACUGUAACUUUUGUGUCAUGUUAAAAUCUUUGCCUAAGGGGCCUUAUGUCUGUGUUAAUUGUGGUCAUCAAUCCAAUUACAGUUUGGUCAAAGUAUAUGGUCCGGAUAGUAAGAAAUAUGAUCAUGGUGGUAACCUUAUAACUGAUGGCAUCAAAAAUGGUGACGAUUAUGUUGACUUUAAGCCGCAGAAAUCAAUUAAUCCAUUAAAUUUAAAGCUGAAUGACUGUUCAGAAUGUGGAAAACCAGUCGACUAUUAUCUACAAAUGGACAGUUGUUUCCUGAUUCUUGACGCAAUGCUGAUGAAGACUUCAUUUUUUCGUCACAUCAUUCAUAACUGUCAAUUGUCUAAAUCUUUACCCAUAAAAUUAUUCAUUGUUUACAGUUUCUGUGAGACUUAUAAAGAAUGGUCAUCACAAUGCACAACUCAAAUUGCUUAUGCUGAACUGGAAUCCAUGUUUUAUACUCUAUUUUUAAAGAAUAUUUUUUUCAAUUUGAUCUUUUUCUUAUCUAUUUUUAUCAUCUUCUCGUUGCGAUCAGGAAACUUUUAUCAACGGCGUCUCUUGUCAUCCCUUGUUAUCAGCUCAUUUUGUAAAUUGUACAAACUACCCGUUACCCUUUGGCCAUCCGAGUCUCAGGAAAUUGUUGAUCUGUUAUUGGAAAUUAAUUUAUUUGCUGGAUUGGUUCAAUGCUGUUCAGUUGCGUUUCAUCAACAAAUUGGUAAAAUUUCUUGUAGCUUAAAUCUUUUGCUUGGAUAUUUGAUUGUAUGGACAUCUAAAAAGCUCAUAGAUAUCUGAUUAUCCUAGUUGACCAGAUGACUUCCUCAAAAGUUUAUCAAAAUCUCAAAUUGUAAACUUGGUUAUUAGAAUGAGUUCCGUCAAUAUUUCGACUUAUACCAACUUCAAGAUCCAAAAUUGGUCUAUUUUUGGACAUUUAACGAAUUCUUAUAAAACUUGACGAAGCGAAACGCACAAGACUUCAAUUAUUUCACCUAUGUUUCGACCAAUUGUCAGCGACCAACAACCGGUGUAAACAUCUCAAGUGCUCCAUUCCAUGCAAAUAAUCAAACGUUCUGGAUAUUUCCAAAUCUAAAAUCAUUUUAAAAUGAAAUGCCAAAAAUAUGCAAUCAAACCCAUGGGCUUGAUCAGUCCAUAAGAGUGAUAUGAUUCACUGCCCAAUGCUUACUCAAUAAUUUAUUAAUAAUACGCUCUGUAACAUGGUACUCCAUCAUCCAUGAAUAUGAACAUUUUAAUGGAAAGUUUUUAUACUAAUUAGAGUUGAUAAUUAACCUUGAAUAUUAUUCUAGGAUCUCCUAGAAAAGCAAUUAAUUUACAAGUCUAUUGACCUUAACUUAAAUAUUUCUCCACCGAAUAUUGCACUCCAAAAAGAUAAAUCUUACUUUAUCGUGCCUUUUCAAUUAAAAAGCUUACAAGGGAAUAAUA